UGCAUUUGAUAAUGAAACAAUCAGAAUUUGUUGAAUUGAAAUAUGUGAAUUCUCAUUUCUUUACGUGGUUUUGGCAACUAUCAAUUAUUUCUUUCCUCGGCUUCUUACACGGGCCCUAAAUGAUAUCUAGUAGGCAACCUGGGAACUACAUUAGCUUAGGGGAUCGGGUAGCGAGUGCUCUCCUCGGCAAAGCACAUGAUUGAGAUUGGAAUUAUUGUAUUGUGAAUAAAGGCAUGAAAGAAAUUCUAUAGUAGUUAGGUAUUCAAAAAGAUAUAAAGAUCUAUGAUUCAGUUGGCUUUUUAUUUAUAGUGUUAUAUUGCUAUUAGCUAGUGAUUGUAGUAAACAAAUUUUCCGAUAAGGGAUAAUCGGAGGUAAGCCUCGACGCUUCAUGGCUAGUUUUUAGUUUGAUGAAGUUAGAUGGCUUGAAUAUAGUGUGGAAGAAGAUGGUCAAGAUGCUGCGUUCUGUUUUAUUUGCUAUUUGUUCAAGCACAAAAUUAAUGCUGAUGAAGAUGCUUUUGCGAAAGAGGAUUUAGAAAUUGGCACAUGAGAACGAAGAUUACUAAAAAUUGUUUGUUCUAUGACUAGUUUUAACAAUAUGGCUCAAGAGAGAGACAGUUCCUAAAGCAUCAACUGUUGAGAAGUUUGCUGCAGUGAUUGAUAAGGAGAAGGUUUUUUGCUUGGAAGAUACGUGAUUACAAAUGGAUUUCGAAGCUACUAAGCACAAUCUCUUGGAACGCAUGCUACUUGAUGCAAGUGCAAAACCUACAGACUUGCCGCUAUCACUUCUAAAAAGUAUCACAAAUGGUUUCUCUGACGAUAAUCGAGUUGGUAGUGGUGGCUUUGCAGUUGUGUACAAGGCAAAACUUCAGAACGGGGAAGUAGCCGUGAAGAAACUGUCACAAGCGCUUGAUCUGGACGAGAAGAAUUUCAAAAAAGAGGUUAGUUGUCUGAUGACGGUAAGGCACAAGAAUAUAGUGCGUUUCCUGGGAUAUUGUGCUGAUACACAAGGGAAAAUCUCUAACUACGCGGGCAAGAUGGUCAUGGCAGACGAACGGGAAAGGUUGCUCUGCUUUGAGUUUGUGCCAAAUGGGAAUCUUGAACGGUAUAUCGCUGAUGCAUCCCAAGGACCCGAAUGGAGUAUACGCUACCAAUUAAUCAAGGGAAUUUGUGAGGGUUUGCAUUAUCUUCACCAGAACAAAAUUCUGCAUUUGGAUCUCAAACCUGCAAAUGUAUUAAUUGAUCACAACAUGGUGCCGAAAAUUGCUGAUUUUGGUCUCUCAAGGCGCUUUGAUGAAAACCAAAGCCAUGCUAUAGCUUCAAAUCUAGUUGGAACAACGGGAUAUUUGGCACCAGAAUUCUAUGGACGAGAAAUAAGAUCAGAGUUAGACAUAUACAGUCUUGGGGUUAUAAUCAUAGAGAUGUUGACAGGACGGAAGGGGUACUUUGAGAUCAAGAAUGUACUUGAAAGUUGGAGUGGUAGGUUUGGGACAUCACAAGGAGACACACGGUUGGAACAGGUACGAGUAUGCGCUGAAAUAGGCUUACAAUGCAUUGACUCCGACCCAAGGAAGAGAAAAACUACACGGUGUAUACUUCAGAAGCUUGAUGAAAUGGAAAGUAGGUGCGGUUUUAUUUUAAAUGGCAUCAGUACUUCGCCGGUGACACAUGAACCAGUAAUGAUAUCGCCCAAUGUUUCUGCACCUGCUUUAUCGCACAUAACACCUAUUUCAAAUGUGGCUUCUGAAGGAGUAUCAGCACUGCAAACUUCAUCACCAUAUCUUAUUCCACAAGAAGCAAAUUUUGCAAAUGAUACUGUGCAAGAACACAAACCUGUAAAAAAUCCUGUUCAACUGCCAGUACGAACUGGUAGUCAUGGUAGCCUCAACAAUCUGCCACAGGUUCACAUGUCAAACACAGAAUUGAAUUCCAUUGAUUUGACUAACAAGUCUUCCAUGAAUAUGCCUAUUGGGCAGCAUCCCCAUGCCCAACAGCAGCCACCAAACUAUGUCAAAAUUUGGCAGGGAACUUUAUCUGGGCGAAGGAGAGGAGAACGUGUUCACAUUUGUCAUCUCGAAGCUUAUAGGAGAGGAACAAUGCCUGAAAUACAUGUAGCGGACUGGCCAGAAAUUAUGGAGAUUAGUCGCAUGAUAGAUGAGAAGCAUAUGGACAUAGAUUAUUGUGAAGUUGCAGACUUUUUAACAUUCGGGGUUUCAAAACAGCAUGGGUUUCUUGGACAACUACAAGAGAAAAAGCUGUGUACUGUGAUAAUAUUACCUUCACAAACUUUGCUGCUAAAAUGGUCUGAAAAAGUAGGCCGCCUGAUUGGCAUGCUCUUCCCUGGGGACAUAGAGGUAUUGAAAACACCGAUCUCAAAGUCAGCAGCUAGUAAUAUAUCAGCAGCAGCUGCUGCUGCAGUGCUGCUACACCAACAACAGCAGCUGUUGCUCCAGCAGCAACACAUGUAUAUGCAGCAAGGCCUCCUUCACCAGCCGGAGAUGCAACCAAUGAAACACCAGCAUGAAAGUAGACGUGCCGCUCCAGCAAUAGCAGCUACAGCAGAUGAUGCAAGGGAAAUUUUGGCUGAAAAGGGCCGGGCCAAAGUCGCCAAACAGGAUGCCUGAGGAAGGCUUCCUAUUCCUACCGUCAAAGGGUUAGAGAUGUCACCUUUAAUUGGCAGUUUUAGAGAGGGGACUUGUGUAAACUUACAUGAUGGAUAAUACAAUCUAUUCCAAAGUGAUAACAUAUCAUUCUACAUUUCUACUGGAUUGAUCUAAAUCGACUGGAAGCGUAGUUAA